AUGCUCCUCGACCGGCUCUUUGUCAUCUACCGCGACAGCGUGGAUGACAGCAUGUCCGGCCCGCCCGUGCCGCUAGCCGUCCUAGAGGUGCUCGAUUUCAACGAGAGGCUGCUAGGCUGCACGCGGGUCGUCCGGGUCGACCCACACUACGUGUGGAGCGCGCGGCAUCCGGAAAAGGUAGAGCCGGUGGAGAGGCUGGUCGGCCGGACUUACAACUGCCUCGGGCAGGCAUGCCAGCGCGUUUACGCGGCCUUCCACGGCACGGCCAUCCGAACGGAGUUCAUGAACCGGUUCGAGGUGUAUCUGCGCAGCUCGGAGAUCGACCCGGCCCUCCUCGGCGAGAUAAGCUACGAGCGGCUCAGCCGGGGCGUAAGGUUGACCGAGUGGUGCUCUCCGGCGCUCGCGGCGGCCCGUGUGGAGAGCCUGGAGAUUCCACCCCUCGUCACCCCGCAGCCCGCACGGCUCGGCGACCCAUGGGAGGGGUGGAUUCCCGUGGGCAGCGGGCGGCCGUACGUGCACAGCGGCACGCCUCAUUACGAGGUCGAGCAGCUGCAGCGAGAGGCGCGCCGCAUUGCGCUCGAGGGGGGCUUCUUCGCACGCGAGCGGUCCCGCGACGCGCACAAGCGCUCCCACGCCGAGGCGAACCCGCUCGAGGAGGGCGAGCUGCGCGGGAAGAAGCGCCGCAACUCCUUCAAGGAGGUGGAGCCCGGCCGGCUGGUCUUCCUCAAGGACCACGUGCGCUCGCGCGGCCCCGCCCACGCGACGCACCCGCACGUCGUGGUCAGCUCCAGCCUGCAGCGCAUCGGAGGGGUGCACGAUGCGAGGAGGUGCGUGGUCCUGCGGCCCCUGCCCGAGGCGGCGGCGCUGCCCGAGGCGACGCACGCGGUGGUAGACACCGUCGGCCUGAAGGAGGACUUUGCGCGCACCUGGCGGGAGCACGUCGUCGCGCCCGGCUCGCUGCUCGAGGAGGCGAUGCUCGAGGCGGUCGGGCUGCACCGGAUGCGGACGACGCCGCCGCAGGGCAUGAAGGGCGCGUGGAAGAGGCUCGCGCCCGGGAUCCCGAAUCCAUGGAUCAUGCGUGGGAAUCCGAGGGCGGGAGCCUAG